UGCGCGCACACGCAAUCUCACGCAGGGGGCUCUGACGACACACUCUCAUUCAGAAUGACACAGCUCUGAUCGGAGGGAGGUGAUCUCUGAAAUUGCUCAGUGAGCACCCCUAAUUUCCCUGAUUCACAACCUGCUGUUAAUCACACCCAAUGGAAUCCAAUCAGAAGGGAAGUGGAGACGGGCUGGCGGGGACGCAGAAAGAGGCCGCACUUCGGGCGCUCACCCAACGGACCGGAUACCAGCUGAGACAGGAGAAUGGUCAGCGGCGGUAUGGUGGCCCACCGCCUGACUGGGACGGACCACCGCCUGAGAGAGGUAGUGAGAUCUUUGUGGGGAAACUCCCGAGAGAUCUGUUUGAGGAUGAACUGGUUCCGUUGUGUGAGAAGUUUGGUAAGAUCUAUGAGGUGAGGAUGAUGAUGGACUUCAAUGGGAACAACAGAGGUUACGCCUUUGUCACCUUCACCAACAAACAGGAAGCCAGAACAGCCAUGAAGCAGCUUAACAACUACGAGAUCAGGAACGGUCGCCUCCUCGGUGUCUGUGCCAGCGUGGACAACUGCCGUCUGUUUGUCGGGGGCAUUCCUAAAACCAAGAAGCACGACGAGAUCCUAGCGGAGAUGCGAAAGGUCACAGACGGCGUUGUGGACGUCAUCGUGUACCCCAGUGCUGCAGACAAAUCCAAGAACAGAGGCUUCGCCUUCGUCGAAUACGAGAGCCACCGGGCAGCUGCCAUGGCCAGACGCAAACUCCUGCCAGGUCGGAUCCAGUUGUGGGGUCAUCCCAUCGCGGUGGACUGGGCGGAACCUGAGGUGGAGGUUGAUGAGGAUACCAUGGCAAACGUAAAGAUUCUGUAUGUGAGGAACCUGAUGUUGCAGACCACUGAAGAAACCAUCGAGAGGGAGUUUAACAGCCUGAAACCAGGUGCAGUGGAGCGAGUGAAGAAGAUCAGAGACUACGCCUUCGUGCAUUUUAGUCAGCGAGAGGACGCCAUCAACGCCAUGAACGCGCUCAAUGGGAAGGUGGUGGACGGCUCUCCUAUCGAGGUGACUCUGGCCAAGCCGGUGGAUAAGGACAGCUACGUCCGGUACACCAGAGGAACCGGAGGAAGAGGAGGCUCGGUUCUGCAGGCCGACUACACGGCCUACACUCUGGGACAGGUGUACGACCCCACUACGGCGUACCUUGGUGCUCCCGUGUUUUAUGCCCCCCAGGCCUACGCCGCCAUUCCGGGUCAGUUCCGUUUCCCAGCAGCCAAAGCGCACGUGGGAGGAAGAGGUCUGAUCAGGACGCCGUCGGUCAGAGAAAUUUACAUGACUGUACCUGUAGGGGCGGCGGGGGUACGAGGGCUGGGUGGGCGGGGCUACUUGGCCUACGCAGCCGGGGGCGGAGCCAUGGGACGAGGAGGUGGAAGUAGCGCCUCCUACGGGCUGAAGGGGGACAAGCAGGCCCAGGAAAAGCUGUACGACCUGCUGCCGGGGAUGGAGCUGACACCGAUGAACCCAGCUGCCAUGAGCAUGAAGGGCACCGGCAUCAAACCACCAACUCAGGUUCUGGAAGAGCUGUGUCAGAAGAACAACUGGGGUCAGCCCGUCUAUCAGCUCCACUCGGCCAUCAGUCCCGACCAGCGGCAGCUAUUUCUCUACAAGAUCACCAUCCCAGCUCUGGCCACGCAGUACCCCAACGUGCACCCCUUCACUCCUGCAAAACUGUGUGCGUCUGUGGAAGAAGCGAAGAUCCACGCGGCUGAACACACCUUGCAGACGCUCGGCCUGCAGACGGAGGGCGCUGCUGACGCCGGCUGUGCUACUGCAGCCGCUGUGGCCUCGGUAGCCUUCCCAGGCUACGCUCUGGCAACCCCGGGGUCAUCGGGCGUGGCCUCCCAGCUGAAGCAGGCCGUUUCUCUGGGUCAGGACCUAACUGCCUACGCCACUUACGAGGGCUACCCCGCGUUCGCCGUGGCGGCUCGCCACACUGACGGAUACGGCGUUUUCUAAAGCUGCUGCUUCCAGGCGUUGAGUUAAACCGUGGAGCUGCAUUUGCGCCACACCGCUUUGCUCACCCGCAGAUUGACUCAGUCUGGGAGACACCAAACACUGCGACCUGACAAGAAGUCAAAUCUGAUUGUGUCUUUCCUAAAACCAAAAGUGAACUGGUGUGAAUGCAGCGUUCUGUUGUUAUCAAACAGGGAGAUUUAAGCGUCUUUUAGUUGGAAACCGGUUCAGUCUCAUCCCACAUCGCUAGCUGCUGCUGAAAACCCUCAAAGCAAACUCUUUCAUCUGUCACCCGUUUCUGCUCCUCGUUUAAUCCAAAUUAUCUGCUCAUCCACGGUUUGGUUUGUGAUGCUGAAAACUGCCUCUGAUUGGCUGAUUCGCGUUUUCUGGCUAGGCGUGUGCAGUGUGGCUUAUCUCUAACUAAGUUGUGUACUUUCUGAGUGUCUUCUAGUGGCAAUUGCAAUGGCUUUUGGGUUGUUAACUUUAGCUUUUUCUUCAGACCUUUAACUCUGCUUCAGUUCUAUGCUUUUUAAGCCAAAUAAAAUAAAUUAAAAAGAAGAGAAAAAAUGCUGAAAAUAAAGACAAUAGGGUACUAAACUCUUCUUUUUAACAUCUGUAAUUAGAAUAAGAUUAGAAUCUGCUAAUAUUUUUUUUAUACAAGGUUUAUUUUGUUGCAUACCUUUUGUUGACUCCGUCCAACACAACCAAUCAGUACCCACAGGAUGUAAAUGAUAUCUGUCACUGUGGGUGCUGCCAUGGUUACAGGCCCGGCAUAUCCAUGGCAACCUCCUGUGCAGAGGGAAGAGCUGAAGUGACAUAAGAAGAGUAUUAGACAGAGCGUAACAAUUGUAUUUAUAAAAAAAAAAUCUACACAAAGUAAAUCUGCCCUGUUUUGUUCAAGUUUGUCGGAGCUUUUUAAAAGCAGGCCUUUCAUUUGUGUUGUCUUCUGUUCAGCAGGUUUGCUUCCACCACGCAUAAAAAACGCUCAGGCACCUUAUUUGGAUGAAAUGUGUUGUUUCAUUUCUGAUCUUUUUUUUUUUUUUUCAGUGUUCGUAUUUUCACACCGAGCGUUUUCUGUUCCUUCCGUCAGUCUGUUGCAUUAGAUAAAACUCAGCUUAAUCUCUGGAUCCUUAAAAUCCAGGGGUUGGCUUUCAUUCACAUCCACAGCGUUUUCACGAUGGGUUAGAAGUAAAAAAAAGAAAAAUGGAUGAUAUGGUGUCGAAUCUAAAUAAUGCUCUAGGGUAUCUUGUUUUUUUUUGUUUUUUUUCCUUUCUUUUGGGCGAAAGCAGCUGCUGAUGGUAGCAGUUUUAACUUUUACUUCUUCUACUCGACUGAAGGUUUUGUGGAGAUUUCAGAACAGACGACAUGAGUUGGCGUCCGAGCUGUGAACACGCCGAAGCAGAGACAGUAUUAAAGUGUGUGAAGCACUUAGAACUUAUUUUUGUACGUGGAAUCAGAUGAACUAUCCAGACGUAUUUGUACAGAGGUAUUUUUAACUUGUCUUUGCUGCAGUUAAUUGACUUGGGAAGAAAAACCAUGCGAUGCCGAAUCAGAACCCAAUCUGUGAUGAGAGAAGACUAUUGUGGGCAUUCUACAAAACCGUGUGAAAUAUUAUCUUUUAUUAUUUCUAAUCUGAAUGGAUGAAAUAAAGAGUUGACAUAUA